AUGAUCAAGAUUUUGUUCCGAGUGAUUUGCAAGUGAUUUUCCCGAGCUUUUUGCAGUUUUUAUGCGCAAAACGUUCAGAAUAACGUUCGCGCUUCUGGCCAUCGCGAUGCUGCUGAGUGGAUGCGUCAAGAAGAAGGUCAAAUCGACGUCGUCGUCUCCGGAAUCCGCGAAAAAGACGGGAUCGCCGACGCCGCCCGGCAAUCCGUACCCGAAUGCGUGGCGUGGCAGACAGAAGCCGAUGGUCGUUUUCGACGAUAAACCGUCCGAUGUCUCGCGCAAAAGUGUACGUUUUCGCAACUUUACGUUCUUUAAAAGAAUGCUGCUCAAAAAUCAUUAUGCACAAUAAUAUGGGUGGGGUGGUCAAAGUUGGAGACAAUAUAAAUAAAAUUGCAGGCGAAGACGUCGAAGAGUGUGGAGGAGCCGUCGGGGCGCAAAAAUUCGACGUCUUCUCGAAACGCGGCGGCAAAUUCGAUAGAAGAGAAGAAAGAGAGAGAGGGAGAGGGAGAGGGAGAGGGAAGCGAGAGCUCAGAGCACUGA